AUGUCUUUUGGACUCACUGAUGCCCCUAAGGCAUUCAUGGACCUCAUGAAUCAGGUUUUUAAGGAAUUUUUUGACCUCUUCGUGAUUGYCUUUAUCGAAGACAUUUUCAUUUACUCCAACACAGUAGAGCAGGACGAAAGGCAUCUACGAYAGGUCUUGACUGUCUUGAGGGGAAACAGUUUAUAUGCAAAGUUCUCGAAAUGCGAGUUUUGGUUGAAUAAGGUGGCCUUCCUUGGCCACAUAGUCACUAGGAAGGGUAUUGCCGUGGACCCAGCUAAAAGUAGAGGCUGCAAGGCUACUUAUUCAGUAGAAAGGUGGACGAAGCUUUAUUUGCAGGAGAUAGUUAAACUUCAUGSCAUACCAGUGUCCAUAGUGUCAAAUCRGGACCCUYRUUUCACGUCAACUUCUUGGCGAAGUUUUCAUAAAGCACUUGGGACUCAGCUCGAUUUUAGUACGGCAUUCCAUCCCCAGAUCGAUAGUCAGACURAGCGUCUGAAUCAGAUUUUGGAAGACAUGUUGAGAGCCUGCAUAAUAGAGUUURCUUACAACAACAGUUACCAGUCAAGAAUUGCAAUGGCUCUAUAUGAAGCUUUGUAUGGGAAAWAGUGCAGGUCGCCAGUUUAUUGGGAUGAGGUCGGUGAGAAAGUCAUGUUGGGACCAUAG